UUUAAAGAAGAGGAGCAGGAAGAUCCACAGAAGGAUUCAUUUAGAGUAUGACCUCCAUAAAAUUCAAGCUAAGGCGACUCUAAACAGACCAGUUUCUAAGAAAAUGAUUAAAAACACAGAUGUCAACAAAUUUGUUAAUUUGAAGCACAAGGUGUUACCAAAGCCAAACCAAAGAGAUCUUUUGGACCACUCAAAAAUUCUUCAGAACCAAGUCUCUAAAUACUCGUUCGCAACAAAGAAAGGAAUUAGCUUGAAGAGGAACGUGCCUCCGAAAUCGAGUGAGAACCAAGAUUCGUACAUUGCUUCGCCCAAAAUGAUGGGUUACAACUUUCUGCAUCUCUUUGCCAUAUGUGAUGGUCAUGGGACAAACGGCCAUAAGGCUAGCAAUUUCUUGAGGAAUACCCUUCCAAAGGAGUUAAAAUAACCGCUUGCAAGAAGAGACUAGAAGUAAUGGAUCACAGUCUCUCGAUAUCUCAAAAUUAGCAGAGCAAGGAAAAUGCCCUCUUAGCCAAGAUAUGUACAACCUGUUCGUUAACUCUUUCCUUGACACCAAUGAUAGCUUAAUUCGACAAGAAUUUGACACUAAAUUUUCAGGCAGCACAUGUUGUGCCCUUCUGAUAUAUGAAAAAUAAGAUAUUCUGAGCGAAUGUUGGGGAUAGCAGAUGCAUACUAAUCAGAAUUCCUAAUUUAAAGCAAAGAUUAGCUGAGAAUUCUCACUCUAGUCGAGUUCAGAAAUCAUCUGAAGAUGCCAAAGAGCUGAAAAUCACAGUUCUUGAGUUAAGCAGAGAUCAUAAGCCGGAUGACCAUGACGAAAGAGAGAGGAUAGAGUCCAAUGGAGGGGAGAUUCAAUCCUAUAUUAACUCCAAAGGGAUCUGUGUCGGGCCGAAGCGAGUGUGGGUCAAAUAACCACAACUUCCCAGGCUUGGCAAUGUCCAGAUCUUUUGGAGAUGAAAUCGCCUCUCGAGUAGGAGUCUCUGCUUGCCCUGAAAUCAAAGAGACAACUCUUACUCAUGAAGAUGCUUACAUUGUCAUUGCUAGUGACGGUGUCUGGGAAUUUUUAGAAAACAAAGAAGUUGCUGAAAUAGUCUACGAAUAUUAUGUACAAGGAAAUGCUGAAAAAGCAGCAGAAGCUAUUGUCAAAGAAGCAUUUGAUCGUUGGAAAAAUAGAGAAAUCAUUGUUGAUGACAUCACAUGAAUUGUCCUCUUCUUGGACAUUAAAGAUUAACCACCAAACUCUGAUAUCUUUUCAAUCUAGCCUUAAUCCAGUG